GAGGACAAAGAAAGGUGCUUUCUGUACAGAAUUUCCUUUCUGGUUUUGGUGGUCCUUUUUGGUUUUGACUCUCGCUCCUCUUUAGCUUCAUUAGAAUUUCUCAGGUGUUUUUCUACCAACUGAAGCCACCGGAAUUGGUUACUCAGGCAGUAUGGAGGAAGGUGACUUGACUGCCUAACCCAGGAUGACUACAUUCACCCUGUGGUUUUCUUUUGACCCCUUGAUUUACAAGUGACUUAGCAUCCGACCUCUUUCCUAACAUCAGAACUGAAAUCACUCAAACUGUAAUCUUGGUUUUGCUAUUUAUAACACUUGGUGUUCUUAUUCUGGGUUCAGAGCUGAAAUAGACCCUGGGUGGACUUUGUGGAAGCAUAGGUUUCCUUUCUGAAGAAAGGUGUAGUUCUCUGGCUUCCCCUGUUAAGGCUGCUUGGCCAGUAUCCAACUCUCGUGGUGUUGACAGGUUUUGUUAGGAUGCAUUCAUUCACCACCUUGCUGCCGACCCCUGGGAAUAGUUACUGUUGUUUGCCCUGCCUAGCUUGACAUGGGCACGUUCUGAAACCUCCACAUCAGAAUCUCUUCAAAGAAGAAUUCAGGAAUAUUCCUUCUAACCCCUGCCAAAAGCUGGGCUUGGCAUAGUAAAAAAUCAAGUGAUGUUUUAGUAGGUUUUUUAUAAGCUUAUUGGGGAGUAGACAGAAUUGGGUUUUACUAAGACAGCCUAUGGCUAGAGGCAUUAGAACAUACAUGAUAUAACUCAGUUUAUGUGUUCUUAAAUCAUUAAUCAUGAUAAAUAAGUUGAUUGGUGGCAGAAGAGUAUAUAGUGAAAAAAGUCUCCCACCUUUGACCCCAGCUCUCCUCUUCAAAGGCAGUUCCUGCUACUGGUUUCUCUUGUGUCUUUUUAAAGAUAGCCAAACAAACCCCAGUAGGAGUAUAUAUGGUUUUAUUUGUAUGAUUGCCCACUUAGCUGUAAAUGGAGAUACCCAUAUUGUGCUUUCUACCUUGCUCUGCUCACGUCAUCAUAUUUCAGCACAUGGGUUCACAUCCGUAGAGAACUGCCGUUCUUUAUCAGUGUGUGAGCAAAUCAUAGCAAAUCAUAGAUAUUAAGGAUUUUUGCAUCUAUGUUCAUGACUGAUACUGGUGUGUAGUCUUCUUGUAAUUCUCUUGUCUGGUUUUGCUAUCAGGGUUAUGCUCCCCUUAUAGAAUGAAUUGAGAAUUAUUCUCUCCUCCUUGAUUUUCUGGAGGAAUUUUUGUAGUAUGAUUUCUUCCUUAAAUGUUCCUUCAACCAGUGAAGCCAUCUGAAUAUGGAGUUGUCUUUGAUGGAAGGUUUUUAACCACUCAAUUUCUUCAGUAGGUAUAGGGCUUUGCAAGGUUAUGUAUUUCUUCUUGAGUGAGCUUUGGUAACCUGUGUCUUUCAAGGAAUUUGUCAUUUCAUCUGAACUGUCAAAUUUAUUGGCAUAAACUUUAUGAUAUUCCUUUAUUAUCUUUUUAAUGUCUGUAGGAUCUGUAGUGAUGUUCCUUCUCUGAUUCAUGGUAUUGAUAAUUUAGGUGUUCAUUUUUUUUCCUAAUCAUUUUGGCUAGAGGGUUAUUAAUUUUAUUGCUGCCCUCUGUUGUUCUGCUGUUCUUGAUUUUAUUGAUUUCUGUUCUUUUUUUUUUUUUUUUUUACCUUCUGCUGCUUCCAAUUUAAUUUACUUUUUGUUUUAUAGCUUCUUAUAAAGAAGCUUUAGGCAUUGUGGGAAGCACCUUAUUUUCCACAGCCAAGCCGCUUGUAAUGAAACUGUAACUUACAAGAAAAGGGCUGGGUUUUGAAAAUGACAUAGGCUCUAAAAACCCUGGAAGCCAUGCAAUUUUUGGCAGGAAUCAGGGUUAGCGGGACCUCAACGGCUCACUGCGGCUAAGUUAACGCUGACUGGGUCCUCCAGCGUGAGCUAGAACAGGCGUCUCUAUGGUCAAGUAAACAGAGCACGUGCUGUCUUCUCUAUGUGGUGGGGUUGCAUGAUCAGUAGCUGUACCACUAGAAAGAUGGCGGAGCAAGAGCAAAGAAAAAUCCCUUUGGUUCCAGAAAAUCUCCUGAAAAAGAGGAAGGCUUAUCAAGCCCUUGAAGCCACCCAGGCAAAGCAGGCACUUUUGGGAAAGAAGAAGCAGAAGGAAGGAAAAGGGCUCAGGUUUAAGCGACUGGAAUCAAUCCUACAUGAUUCCUGGCGGCAGAAACGUGACAAGGUGCGUCUCAGACGACUAGAAGUGAAACCUCUUGCCUUGGAAUUGCCAGAUAAACAUUCCUUGGCCUUUGUUUUAUGCAUCGAAAGGAUUGAUGGCGUGAGUUUACCGGUGCAGAGAACCAUUGCAACACUUUGCCUAAAGAAAAUUUUUGGUGGUGUCUUUGUAAAUGUCACCCCCCAGAAUCUAAAAAUGCUGCAUAUAGUGGAACCUUAUGUGACCUGCGGAUUUCCAAAUCUGAAGUCUGUCCGAGAACUAAUUUUGAAACAUGGACAAGCCAAGGUCAAGAAUAAGACCAUCCCUCUAACAGACAACACAGUGAUUGAGGAGCACCUGAGGAAGUUUGGCGUCAUUUGCUUGGAAGACAUCAUUCAUGAAAUUGCCUUCUCAGGGAAGCAUUUCCAGGAGAUCUCAUGCUUCUUGCGCCCUUUCCACCUCUCAGUGGCUCGUCAUGCUACCAAAAAUAGAGUGGGCUUCCUCAAGGAGAUGGGCACACCUGACUAUCGGGGUGAACGCAUCAAUCAGCUCAUCCACCAGCUGAACUAGACCCAGGUGCCAAACUUUGAUAAAUUUUUUAUCAACGAAGUGGAAGCAUGUGUUUUGUUGUUUUGGGAAUUUUUAUCAAGUAUCUUCAGAGAAGAUUAUUUCGUGCUCUAUCUUCAAAAACUGGAAAGGAAGGGUCAAAGAAAAGACAGUAGCUGGCCGGGCGUGGUGGCUCACACCCAUAAUCCCAACACUUUGGGAGGCUGAGGUGGGUGGAUCACCUGAGGUUGGGAGUUCGAGACCAGCCUGACCAACAUGGAGAAAUGCCGUCUCUACUAAAAAUACAAAAAUUAGUUGGGCAUGGUGGCACGUGGCUGUAAUCCCAGCUACUCAGGAGGCUGAGGCAGGAGAAUUGCUCAAACCUGGGAGGCGGAAGUUGCAGUGAGCCGAGAUCACGCCAUUGCACUCCAGCCUGGGCAACGAGUGAAACUCCGUCUCAAAAAAAAGAAAAGAAAAGACAGUAGCUUAUGUUCAUGUCAAGCACCUCUCAUCACAGUCUAGUUCCAUGGAAAAAUUCCAGCGUUUUCUACAUUGGGUGCUGCGUCAUCGAAAUUGGCACAUUCCAUGGAGGAAGGAGUCCUGCUUUGCUGCAUGUAUCCUAGGGUUUAAUGUUGGUAAAUGAGUCACUCUAGCAUUUGUACAAGGCUCCCUAAGACUCCUGCAGCAGUCGACCAAGCCCAAGGACAUAAUUGAAGAUUAUGGACAGUCCUGGAGCCUUGUUUUGAAAAAGGACUUGAAAUACACAUGGGAAGAAAGGCAUAAAAAUAAAUGUUCACUUGUCUCUGCUGUGAAAAAAAAAAAAGAAGAAACUUUAAUUAUUGAUUUUAAUCAUCGUAGGAAGCUUUGAUCACUGAUUUUUUUAAGCAAAUCAGCUUAUUUUUUUAAACUAACAUACCAUAAAAUUAACUCAUUUUUGUAUUUAAUUCUGUGAAUUUUGGGACAUGUAUGGAUAGGUGUGAACACCACAUAAUCAGGAGAUAGGACAGUUUCAUUAUCGGAAAAAUAUCCCUCAGGCUAUUCCCUUUCCAGUCGUUGAUUUUUAAACCUUUCUUGUCUAUGACUUUAAUGCUAUAAAUUUCCCUGUAAGCACUGCUUUACCUGCAUCCAGUAAAUUUUAACAUAUGAGGUUCAUUCAGCUUUAAAUUUUAUACAAUUUCCCUUUUGAUUUCUUGUGUUUUGUCACGUAUAUAAUUUCUAGCUGUGUUUCUCUUACUGAUUUUUCUCCUGCUUUUGGAUUCCUUCCCCCAUUUUUUGCAUGCCUGGUCAUUUUUGAUUGGUUGACAGUUACUGUGGUCUUUACACAGUUGGAUGCUGGAUUCUUCCUGUAAAUAUUUUUGGGCUGAUGGUUAAGUUAAUUGGAGUUGGUUUGAUCCUUUUUUGAGGCUUGCUUUUAAGCUCUGUGAGAGCUGGUCCAGACAGCCUUUAGUUUAGGACUAACUUCGCCCUACUACUGAGACAUUACCCUUCUGAGACUCUACCGUGUCCCAUGGUGAGGUGGUCUCUCCACACUGGCCAGCCCUGUGUGAGCUCCAGGAAUUGUUCCACAGGCUUCAUUCUGGCAGGUCUUUCCCUUUCUUCAUGUGCAUGCACAGACCAGAACACAGCAAGGCUCUAAAGGAACCCUCUGCACAUGUCUGAGCUCUCUCUCUGCAGCUCUCUCUUCGUUUCUCUUGUCCAUGAAUUUUAACCCUUUGAUCUCCCUGAACUCCAGACUCUGCCUUUUCUGAGAGAACCACAGUCUUUGGGUUUUCUGUCCCUGUGCUGAGGCCUGGAUACUCUCACUGGACAGCAAGCUAGAGCAAUCACUGGGCCACCGCCUUUGUGCUUCUCUCUCUCAGGGAUCUCUCUCCUAUGCUGCCUGUUCAUGCAGAGUCUGAUAACCAUUGUUUUGUAUAUAUUGUCUUGCUUUCUAAGUUGCCUGAAUCAGAAGGAUAAAUUCAGUCCAUCUUGGCCAGAAGCAUAGCACCUUUAAAGAAAAAGUUUGAUUGAAGUCUAAUUGAUAUGCAAUAAACUGCACAUAUUUAAGGUGCACAAUUUGAUGUUUUGACAUAUGUAAAUACCCAUGAAAUCAUCACUAUGAUCAAGACGGUGUAUAAUCCAGCAUUCCAAACAUUUCCUCAUGCCCCUCCCUUGCUUCCCACACCCCUCUCCCCAAGUAACACCAAUCUGCUUCCUGUCAUUCUAGAUUAGUUUGCACUUUCUAAAAUUUUGUAUAAACAGAGUCAUGCAACAUUUACUCCUCUUCAUGUGGCUUCUUUCAAUCCACAUAAUUAUUUUGAGAUCCAUCAUGAUGAUGUGUGUAUCUGUAGUUCAUUUCUUCUUGCUGAGUAACAUUCCAUUGUAUGAACAUACCACAGUUUAUUCAUUCAUCUGUUAAUGGAAAUUUGGGUUCUUUCCAGUUUUGGACUAUUACAAACAAAGCUGCUGUGAGCAUUUGUGUGGCCCCAUACAAUGUAUGCGCAUACAGAGAGUUGUAUGAGCAUAUACGUUCUUUUCUCUUGGAUAAAUACCUAGAAAUGGAAUGGCUGAAUCAUAUUUCUCAUAUAAUUAUGGGAGAUAUGUGUAUGUUUGCUUCCAUUUUAAGAUACUGCCAAACUGUUUUCCAAGAUGCCUGUAUAAUUUUAUAUCCCAUCACCAGUGUACAAGAGUUCUAGUUCCUUUACUUCCUUUCCAACAUUUGAUGUGGUCACCUUUUUAGUUUUCACCAUUCUAAUAGGUUUGCAGUGGUAUCUUAUGAUCUUAAUUUGCAUUUUCCUAAUGACAUUGAACAUCUUUUCAUGUGUUUCUUUUGCCAUACAUGUCUUCGUUGGUGAAGAGUCUUUCGAAUACUUAGCCCAUUUUUUAAAUUGAGUUGAGUAAAAAAAUUGUUGUGUUUCGAGACUUUUGGGUUUUUUUGUUUUGUUUCUUUUAAGAUGGAGUCUCACUCUGUUGCUCAGGCCGGAAUGCAAUGGCGCAAUCUGGGCUCACUACAACUUCCGCCUCCCAGGUUCAAGCAAUUCUCCUGCCUCAGCCUCCUGAGUAGCUGGGAGUACAGGUGUGCGCCACCACGCCCGGCUGAUUUUUGUAUUUUUAGUAGAGACGGGGUUUUGCCAUGUUGGCCAGGCUGGUCUCGAACUCCUAACCUCAAGUGAUACACCCACCUCGGCCUCAAGAGUUCUUUAUGUAUUUUGAAUGCAAGUCCUUUAUCAGAGGCAUUUAGCAAUGAUUUUCCCCAAGUCUAUGGCAUGUCUUUUCAUUUUCAUAACAACAUCUUGGGAAGACCAGAUGUGUUUUAAUCUCCAUGAUGUUCCUGUGGCACUUUUUAAUACCUCCUUCUCUCUGUAUUUUUUCUGUCCCAUUCUGGACUGCUAGGCCUUGGAAGGCAGAAACCAUGUGCU